AAUGAUUUGUUGAAUUUCCCUUGGAUGGUUUUGAUAAAGCAAGGCACUGAACAGCCUAAACAUAAGCACGUGGAAUGUGUGUGGCUUAAGAAAGCUUUCUGGUGACAAACUUCUUUUAAACGUGAAUGGGAUUUUAAAAUGAUUUUUAAAAUACACUUGACGACUGUACAUGUAUUAAGUAUUUAAGAUCGAAAUCUUUAAGCGCUUUACGCACUUGGGGAGAUGCAUCUGUUUACAUAAAAAGUGAUAAACUGAUCAUAAGUAUACGGAUUGUAUUGUGUUGUAUAUAACGAGUGCUGUGUAUAGGUCUUUGCGUGAUAUAACAAAUGCUCUCACUUUAGUCUCCCUAGUGGAUUUAUCUCAACAGCACCACGUUUCAAGUCUGCUCACUAGGUAUGCAGUAGUGGGUUUGAAUCCUCAAACAGCCACACAGCUGUUGCUCUCGGGUAAUCAGGCGCCAUGACAGACUUGAAGAUAUUGCUUGCCUUCAUUUGUGUUUUUGCCACCGCUUCUACACAGAAUAACUGCAAAAGUCUGCAGGUAGCUGCGAACGGAACUCUUCCAAGCGGGACAUACACUGUCCAAAACAGCUUGUGUCAGUCGUUCCGUAUAUAUUGCCUCUUUAAAGAUGGAUACGGCUACACAUUUCUCUCAAACAACACAAACGUCACGGUCGACAUGGAAUCCCUCUACGAUGACAAUACACACAUUUUGGUUCGCUUCACCAAGGCCAAUAAGCAGUAUGAGUCUACCUUAGCUCAAAUUAACUCCUUCGCUUCGGUUCCCCUGUCCAUACAAUAUAACAGCUACAUUGGCUAUAAUAAGCCACAAAACGUUAAUAUGACGCCGUACAUUUACGUCGGAUUUAUUCCCGCAUCAAACACGUUCAAAUAUGCGAGGCAGGGAUGGAAGACGAACGGACAGGAGCAGUUCUUUAACAAUUGUGAUGCCAAUCCGAACAGCUACAUAAUGUUUAUGUUCAACCAUGAAAAAAGAGGAUAUACGGAUUACGUCGGCGGCAAAAAUUCGUUGCUGUACAAAUGGUACGACAACGGAACAGAGGUCUUGGCGUUGGAUUACGUUCCCGGCGAGUUUCUUACGAGGUACCACGAGAUUCAUCAUGGGGGCUGUGGCGGCUAUAGUCGUGGUAGUAACGUUCCGACAACUGCCAAUGUUGGCAUGAAAUUUGUGACUUCGCAUAUGGAAACAUCUUAUCCAUCUUCUUCAACAAAUACCAAAACACCAAUCACGUCGUGCCAUUCUGAUACACCAAACCGGUCAACCAAAUCUACCCCCUCAUCUCUUGAACCUAAUGGAUCAGCGCCUGUUGCCGUUAUAGCCGGAUCUGUCAGUGGUGUGGUCAUGGUUGUAAUAGCAAGUAUUGGACUACUGAUCUUUUACAGAAAAAGGAAACUUCAGCAAGAAAAUACCGACAAAGAAAGACACAGUAUAAUCCAUUCAAACCAAGCCUAUUACGUGAAUGACACCGUUUCAUCGUCUAGCAAAGGCAGUGGACGUGUAGAGCAUAAUGACCCUGUGGUAGACGAAAUGGUGGACGGCGAAUACAACAGAUCGCGUCAGCACAUUCCAGUUACCAACGAACCAACAGUUAACGCCUACGCUCACAUAGGACUAUCUACAGCCGUUGAUUUAACUUAUUCACACAUUCCAAAAUCUAAAGAUGCGUUGUUUGACAACACUUACUCCCACAUAUCUAAUGGCAAUCCUGGUGAGACAUUGGAAACCGAGGACACAAAUACAACCUAUAACCAUUUGGAAGAGUUUUAUUUUAGAAAAAAUACAGACAAAAAAGAAGAAUCAUGUGACGACACAUACAACCAUACACAAAUGGAUCCUACCCAUCCUAAGGCAGGAAAGGAAGAUCGCGAUGAUACAUAUUCGCACAUUAACCAGGCUGGAUUAAAAGGACAGAAACCAAACCCAGAUAAACAACGCGCUGAAGCGCAGAAACCAACAAAGUCAACUGCCAACUAUACUCAGAUGAAUAAAGAAACAACAAUCGCUGCAGAAGGAAAGAAACAUCCUGGUGACGCUCAAAAUGGCAAAUGUUCUAUGACAUCUGCCGAAAGUUGAUAACAAAGCCAAAGAUCACACUUAUUGUGUUCUGGAACCGAAUGCUAACCAGCGUUCUAAAAAGGCUGUAUACGACUACGCAGUAGUAGCAAUGCCAGAGAAGGAUCGUACAGAUUUCAAGGUUGUGGACUCUCCGACAGAUCUAACGCACGAGUAGUUUGUCAUUGAGCCUACAAAUGAGCUGUAACAAAUAAAUUAUGAAUGUUACGCAACGACAGUGCAAUGCAAAUGGAUUUAUCGCAUGUGUAACAAGGAAAUCGGAACGGUACUAUAUAGGGAGAACGGGAGAUUGACAUAAAUAAGACGCGUGUUCACCUUAACAUCAUUAAUUGUUUUUGACACUUGUCUAUAAACUUUAUCAGGUUAACAGCUUUGAAAGAUGAAAAACUAAAACUAAUAUUAACAUUAUGUCUAUAUAGGAACCAAAAUCUACACUUUUCAUAUGAGCACAUUGUAGCGUUUACACAUAUAUAUUGAUGUUAAGACAAAGUAUGUCGAUCAAUCAACAAGUUCAUGAUUUAUACUUUUAACCAGCUGUACUAUUUAUAUUCACUGCCCUUUCUUUGAUAAUGCUACUCUUAAUAUUUACCAAAUGUAAACAAACUAUAAAUACGUUUUAAAUAAAGUCCCAUAAACUUA